CCCAAAAAGCACCAUUAAUAUUUCUAAAAUUAAACAAAUAAAGAGCCAAAACCCCAUUCCUUAUCAUUUUCUUUUAUAAAUACUGGCGAAGGAGAUCAGAAAACCGGCAGACACAGAGGGACUAGCGAGUAGAGUGAAGUAAUGAGCGAAGCCUUGAAAAGAGACUACCAAAUCUGCGAGGAGAUCGGCCGGGGCCGCUUCGGCACCGUCUUCAAGUGCGUCUCCCGCUCCUCCGGCGACUCCUUCGCGGUCAAAUCGAUCGACAAAUCCCUCACCGCCGGCGACUCCCUCGACGCCCAGUGCCUCCUCACCGAGCCCAAGGUCCUGGGGCUCGUCUCGCCGCACCCUCACCUCGUCCAGCUCCACGCCACCUACGAGGACGAUUCCCACCUCCACAUGGUGAUGGAUCUCUGCCCCAACUCCGACCUCCACGCCCUUAUCAUCGCCAACGGCGGCGCCUUUGCGGAGAAUGAAGCCAGAUCCAUUCUCGCCCAAUUGAUGACGGCCGUCUCCCACUGCCAUAGGAAGGGGGUGAUUCACAGGGACAUCAAGCCCGACAACGUGCUGUUCGAUUCGUGGAAUUCGGUGAAAUUGGCGGAUUUCGGGUCGGCGGAGGUGGUGGCCGGGGGCGAGGCGGCGACCGGAAUUGUGGGGACGCCGUACUACGUCGCGCCGGAGGUCUUGUCUGGGUGGGAGUACGGGGAGAAAGUGGAUGUGUGGAGCGCUGGUGUGGUUUUGUACAUAAUGCUCGCCGGGUUCCCGCCGUUUUACGGGGAGACGGCGGUGGAGAUCUUCGACGCCGUGUUGAGGGCGAAUCUCAGGUUCCCACCGAGGGUUUUUCAGUCGGUUUCGCCUAAGGCUAAGGAUCUGCUGAGGAGGAUGCUGUGUAAGGAUGUCUACAGGAGGUUCUCUGCAGAGCAAGUGCUCCGUGUCAUCCAUGGAUGACUGGUGGAGGAGGAACCUGAAUCGCAAAUGAAUUGGUAGAGCGUGUAGAAAAGAAAGAGUAAAUAGAGUGGACUGCGGCUUGCAACAGCUUUCUGUGUAUUGUACAUGGGGAAGGCUGCUUGGUUUACUUGCGGCCAUGUGAGUAGUAGUUUUGUGUAGAUAUGUGGAUAUGGAAUGGGUGGCUUACUGGUUCUCCCUGCUUCUGCUCUGAGUUUGGUAUAGAAAAAAGAAGCAACUUUUCCUUCCUUUUUUUGGUUUGGGUUUCCCUGUGUUUUUGUCCCAUAAGGGGAUAGGGAAGCCAGGAAGCCAUUACUAAUUCCUACCACUAGUGUCAGUAUGGUAUUAGCAUAGCAGAGGAGUACUGAAAAGGGAUGAUGAAGCAGCUGAUUUGGCGUUAAUGGCUGCUUCGAUUAUGCGCCUGUAUAAUUAUAAUUAUUAGAUAAUGGAAAAUGACUGGAAAUUUUAGGGUUUUGCUGGGAUUCCGUAGAUCAUUCACCCCGUGAAAUUAUUUGCUUCUUUGGGGUGUAGAUAUGAGCUGUUAUUAGACAGCCAAUUCGAUUCAAAA